UUCCCAGAACCAACUGGCCCUCACCCUCAACGCAGGAAAAAUCACGAUAGUUCCAGUGCCUCCUCAUGCGUCACUACAACAAAGGAAUUUACUUUAGAAGAACUGCAGAGACUUCUUUUUACUAAAAACGACAUUCAGGAGAUCAGUGUCAAGCGUCCAGUGGAAUCACGACAAAAUGAGUGCUGUUGUGAGUAUAUAAUACCCGACCGGGACAUUUAAAUGCCUUAGUUAGUUUCCACCAGUGAUAGAGAGAGGGCAGCGCAAAUGAGAGAUCAUCUUAAAUUUAACGGCAAGGUGAAAAACAUUACCUGAUCUGGGAACACCUCUGGUUUUCGAACGCCAUUUUGAAAAAUGUGAAUGUCUUCCCUUUUUUGUGCUUACCGAAUGGAACUAUGGGUAGAAACACCAAGUCAAACCGAACAAAUAACGAGCAAAGCCGGUGGGCAUACGAAAUUAUCCCAUUUCUGAAAUGGCCGCCAUGAUGUGAAAUAACAAGGUAAUUAUCAGUGGGAAAAGGGGGUGUAUACAGUCCCGCACACAAGUCUUUCCUUGGAACGACGAGUCCCAUCUGAAUACAAUCGAUUUCGCCAUUUCGCCUACUCUAGAAUUAUGAACUAGAGGUUAAAAAUUGUAAGUAUAAUGUGGCGAGCAGAUGCUGGGCAGUAAAACAUCAUAUGAGAAACGAUGAACUAACAUAUACGUUUUGCUAAUUAUAAACCCUUUUAUAUGGCCGAUUUAUAGUUGUGGAUAAACGACUUCAGGGGAGCGCCAAAAUCACCAGUUCUUUGUGAUUUGGGUCUUUAUUGGCCAGUUACAAUCAUACCAAAAUAAUUUGAAACUGUUUGUGCGCGCCACAGGACACAGCGACAGGACAACCAAGGAACCAAAGGAGACCCAAAGAUUAGGCUGCUGCUCGCCUGGAGGCGCGCAGCCAUUAUUAUCAUCAUAAUGGUAUUUUAAUUCUGUUUCAGGGUGUGAUGCAACUAAGACAAAUCCAAACUUUCAAUGUCCCAUGCAUAAGCAUGACAAAGCAGUCGUGAAGAAGACUUCACAGUUACCACUGGCUCUGAGAUCACUUCCGAAGGAAGUUGGUUUGUGUACCUCCACUAUCCCCGGGCAGGAAUGUAGUAUUUGCGCCAAGCGAAAGAUUCCUGUUGGUGCGUGGAUUGGCCCUUAUGAAGGAAAAUUUUUGAAGCCGAAAGAGCUGUCUUCAACAACCGACACAUCAUAUAUGUGGGAGGUAUGUUCACGAAAGAGUGGUUAUUUCAGUAUUUUGCAAAAAAAAAGUUUAUUUUGAGAUGCGACUGUUCAGUUACAAAUUAAAGAGGUCGAUAAAAUGUGACAAGCGCAAAGGGUGGACUAUUUAACGAGCAGUAGGAGAGUUCGUCAUCUAUCACAACAAAGCCGUAGAAUUUUAAUAGCAUAUUGUAUAAAUUUAUUUUUGUUUGGUGUACACUACCCUCUCUACCAGCAGAGCCUCUCUUUCGUAAUCGAGAAAGACUCCGCUUGAAUCUUUUUUGAGCUUGCGCUGAAUCUUGCUACUGUACAGUUUCCAACCCAGGCCUAAUAGCCGUGCGCUUGGUACAGCGGGCUUAGUUAUGAACAUAGGGUUACCAAAAAACGUAUGCUGGCUCUCGGAAAAGCCAAUUUAACGAGAAAGCAAGGUUGACAAGUCCAGAAGUUCGGACUGCGGCGUCUUCACUAGAUUCAGACAGAGCUUCCUUUUUCCAGACAGGGAACGGGGGGGGUUUUACACAGAACCAUCAAAAAAAUUAACUCUGUCCAUCCAUUCAAUUUUCAGAUUUUUCAAAAUGGUGAACUGACAGGUUAUAUUGAUGGCAGUGAUGUUAAACUCACAAGCUGGAUGCGAUUCAUUCGUUCUGCUCGACACAAGAGGGAACAAAAUCUAUUUGCGUUUCAGUACUUGGGCAGAAUAUUCUAUCGUGCAUUCAAAGAUAUUCUACCUGGAGAAGAAAUGCUAGUAUGGUACGAUGAAAAAUACCCACAAUACCUUGGAAUUCCAUGGACAAUAUGUGACCUAGCAGCUGCAGUUCCUCCUGGUAGGUGGUCCCAAGGUUACCAUUCUUCGUUCUUUUUUGUGUUAUCUAAUCUGAAGAGAGAUAGCAUUCAGUUUACAUUUUUUUCAAAAUGUGAGUUUUAUCCCCGCUGCAUGAAUAGUAGCCUCAGGCAGCCUCCGUUACCCUUUCUGGGACAGUUUAAGAGGACGAUAAAUCAGAUACCCUGCUGGGUACGAGAGGUUUUCUUUCUCGCGUGCGGCAGGAUGCUUCUGAAGCGGCGGCAGCACGAAGUUACGAGCGGCGAAGCACUGAAAACCGCACAUGACAAGUCUCUUGCACCGAGAAUAUAAAUCGCACGAUAUUCCCCAAAUCGUCCCUUAAAAAAGGCCUGUUACUAGGGUUACGUGUUUGCAGCGUGGUGUUCAUUUGAAUUUCUGAAACGCAAACGCAACGAAGGCGCUCGAAUCAGACCCCGCCCCUCCCACAUAAUUAUAUAUGUCGGUACCUAGCCGGCGUAGCAAGCGUUUCCGCGCGAGUUGGUCGAGGAAGCUGGAACGAUAGCGGAAUAAGUCGUGCGGAAACACUUACUACGCAGGCCUGUCGGCGCCAAGCGAAAGCAAGGAGUCGUAUAUUGAUUCUGGGACAGAUAAUAAGUAGGAGGGAAAAUUUUUGUGCCUAUCACUAGGAGAUUUCUAAAAAACCAAACGCAAAAUCACUUUUCAUAUCAUACAUCAAAUCAUUAAAAGGAAAAAAACCUAUGCUUCAUAUCUCUCAGUUUAAUCUAAGUUAGUAAUUUUACGAAAAAAGAGUGUCAAACCGACUAUAGAGCCAGUACACUCUACAAAAGAAACGGAAACAGCUCAUGUUACAAAAAGUAUCUCUUUGACAACUACUAAUUUAGAAUUUGCUUAAAUUACCUCUUUAGGUACCAGUUCUCGAACCGAUGAAGUCAUAAUGGUGUCGCCCGUCGGCAAAAAUGAUCGACCGCUGAACAUAAGCACCCAAGAAUCGAUUUUCCCUAGUCCUCCUCCGUCACCGCUUUCGAAGCCCAGCAGCCCAUGGAAACGAGUGUCAACGUCGAUACAAGUGAAACGCUCUCCUUUACAUCCAUCACAGGACGAAAGACUGUGUUAU